AGCCCUGCCGCCGCCACCUGGACAUUACGCGCUCGCUCGCCACCCGCACCGCACCGGUCUCGCGAAACCUUACCUCCCCCAUUCGUAUCCUCGACCCGACGAUAUAUUGUGUCGUAUUUCCUAAUGCAUAAAUGUAUUUUUGUCGAUUGGAUUAUCAGCCGUUUGAACAAUAGCGCAGGUGAAUACUACCACCCCGGGAAUCGGAACCGGCAGUACCCCGACGUGAAAAAAUAAUUCCUCUCGCAGAAUGAUCCCGCGGAGAAAACACAACGCGUCGUCCGGCUCGCUGCCGCCGCCCGACGACAAGCACGCCAGCAACGACUACAUCCUGUCGGACGGCAGCGCGCGCGAGGGCUGGCGCGCGGCGCUGCGGCGGCGCUGCACCCGCAAGACGCUGCGCAAGCGGCUGCCCAUCGCGGGCUGGCUGCCGCAGUACGGCGUGCAGCAGGCCGUGGGCGACGCCAUCGCGGGCGUCACGGUGGGGCUCACCGUCAUCCCGCAGUCGCUGGCCUACGCCAACAUCGCGGGCCUGCCGCCGCAGCACGGGCUGUACGGCUCGUUCCUGGGCUGCUUCGUGUACAUCGUGCUGGGCGGCUGCCGCGCCGUGCCGGCCGGCCCCACGGCCAUCGCGUCGCUGCUGACGUGGCAGGUGGCGGGCGGCGUGCUGCCCAAGGCCAUCCUGCUCAACCUGCUCACGGGGCUCGUGGAGCUGCUCAUGGGCGCGCUGGGGCUCGGCUUCCUCGUCAACUUCGUGUCGGGGCCCGUGUCGUCGGGCUUCACGUCGGCCGUGGCGCUCAUGAUCGCCACGAGCCAGGUCAAGGACCUGUUCGCGAUCCCCGUCAGCGGCACCACGUUCCUGCAGCAGUGGAUCUCCAUCUUCCGCAACAUCCGCGGCGCCGCGCUGUGGGACCCCGUGCUGGGCUUCUCGUGCAUCGCGCUGCUGCUGUCCAUGCGCAAGAUCGGCAUGGUGAAGCUGGGCGCCGACCGCCCCGAAGGCCCCAACGCGCGCCAGAAGGUGCUCACGAAGCUGCUGUGGCUGCUGGGCACGUGCCGCAACGCGCUGGUGGUGGUGGCGGGCGGCGCGCUGGGCUUCGCCGUGGCGGCGCGCGGCUCGGCGCCCGUGCGGCUCAUGGGCGCCAUCCCGGCCGGCGUGCCCGCGCCCGCGCUGCCCGCGCUGUCCUACGUGCGCGCCGACAACAGCACGGCCGACUUCCUGGACAUGGUGUCGGAGCUGGGCUCGGGGCUGCUCGUCAUCCCGCUCAUCGUGCUGCUGGAGGACAUCGCCAUCUGCAAGGCGUUCUCGGACGGGCGCACCAUCGACGCCACGCAGGAGAUGAUCGCGCUGGGGCUGGCCAACGUGGCCAACUCCUUCGUGCAGGCGUUCCCGGGCGGCGGCUCGCUGGCGCGCUCCGUGGUGUCCAACGGCUCGGGCGUGCGCACGCCGCUCAACGGCCUGUACACGGGCGUCAUCGUGAUCGUGGCGCUGCAGUUCUGCACGCAGUACUUCGAGUACAUCCCCAAGGCGUCGCUGGCGGCCGUCAUCAUCUCCGCCAUCCUCUUCAUGGUGGAGUACGACGUCGUCAAGCCCAUGUGGCGCGCCAAGAAGCUGGACCUGAUCCCGGGCAUCGGCACGUUCGUGCUGUGCCUCACGCUGCCCAUCGAGCUGGGCAUCCUGACGGGCGUGGUGGUCAACAUCGUGUUCAUCCUGUACCACGCGGCGCGCCCCAAGUUCUCGGUGGAGAUCCUGAAGACGGAGGCGGGCGUGGAGUACCUGAUGAUCACGCCGGACCGCUGCCUCAUGUUCCCGUCCGUGGACUACGUGCGGCGCCUGGUGACCAAGAGCGCGGCGGGCGGCGCGCUGCCCGUGGUGCUGGAGUGCACGCACAUCUACAGCGCCGACUACACGGCCGCCAAGAGCAUCGAGCAGCUCACGGCCGACUUCCACGCGCGCCGCCAGCCGCUCUACUUCUACAACGUCAAGCCGUCCGUGUGCUCCAUCUUCGAGGCCGUCACCAAGCCCGAGCACUUCACCGUGUUCUACGAGGACGACGAGCUGGACCGCCUGCUCGCCGCCGACCCGCGCCUGCACGCCGCCAAGCCGCCGCCGCCGCCCGGCGCCUCGCCCGCCUGACGCCAGCCCGACCACUUCGCAUAGAGCUAUUUUUGUAAGACUAUAUCGAUUCCAGAGCCGACUCCUCGAGUCCCUACGUAUCGUUGUGAUGUAGAGUUAACUUAGAGUUUAUCGUCUUCGCCUAAGGGAGUGAUCGCAAGUUCUUGCGGUCGUCGAUUGUGAAUUUAGCGACCGUCGACAGGUCGCGAGAUGAGUCUGAGUGUCAUAGAUCGUUUUAUUUAUUUAUAGGUAAACCAGUACAAGUUAGAUUGUAAAUAUUGCUGCGAUGUGAUAGGCGCCGCGCGCGUGGGAGGUGUGCGUGUGUGUGUGCGUGUGCGGAGCGUGCGCGGAGCGAGCGAGAGGACGCGCGGCGUCGCGCGCUCGUGCGAGCGAGAGGGCGAGCGCUGUAUCCGUUUCUUGUGAUCCACGACUAUAGUACCUAUUCGAUUUAUUAUUAGUAUAAUACAUAAAACUUUAUUUUAAAUAAAACUAUUAAAAUAACGACAUAUAAUUAUGAAAUUUUAAAGUAAGAAUAUGGUGCGUUUAAAUGAAUGACUAAUGUUUCCCAGUUCCAAGAACUAAAUAAUUACACUCUUUGAGAGUUACUAAGA